AUGCCGCCGGAGCGCUGCCGCGCUUGCCUCGACGGAGUCGGCGCUGAGAUACGGCGGCGGAUCGGUAGCAGCAAGAUGGGCGGGGCGAUUCAUGGUGCGCGGUGCACACUCCGGUACGAGACCGGCAACCAAUUCUUUACGGAGACCGCCACAGGGCAACGGAAGGGCCAUGCACUCCUGAUUAUUGCCACAGUGUACUCGCUCUCGGUCGUCUGUACACGUUUGCUUUUCUGUGUCCUAUACAUCACAAGACGAAGAAAAAGAGGGAAGAUAAAUUCCACGGAGCAGCCCAAGGACAUAGAUGAAAUCCUGAGGCUUUGGAAGAUGGAAGAUACCGGCUCUGAGUUCUCCCUGUAUGAUUUCUCGCAAAUUGCAGAUGCUACAGACAACUUCUCACCCCGCAAAAUAUUAGGACAGGGUGCCUUUGGGCCCGUUUACAAAGGAAUUUUUCCUGACGGACAAGAAGUAGCAAUUAAAAAACUUGCUGCACGGUCAAGACAAGGUCUAGUGGAAUUCAAAAAUGAGAUCCAACUGGUAGCAAAACUUCAGCACAGACACCUUGUUAGGCUGCUGGGUUGUUGCAUCCAUGAUGAAGAGAAGAUACUGAUCUAUGAAUACAUGUCAAACAAAAGCUUGGACUACUUCAUUUUCGAUCCAAACAGGAGGACAUCAUUAAACUGGAUGAUACGACUUAAAAUAGUAGAAGGAAUAGCCCAAGGGCUUCUAUACCUUCACGAGCAUUCACGGCUGCGUAUCAUCCAUAGGGAUCUGAAAGCAAGCAAUAUUUUGUUAGACUCCGAGUUAAAUCCUAAGAUUUCUGAUUUUGGCAUGGCAAGGAUAUUUCCCUCAGAUGCCACUCAAACAAAAACAAGCAGGCUUGUUGGAACAUAUGGUUACAUGGCUCCUGAGUACGCAUUUGAGGGCCUCCUUUCGAUCAAGUCAGAUGUUUUCAGUUUUGGGGUAUUGCUUCUUGAGAUUAUAAGUGGAAAGAGGAGUGCAGGAUUUCAGCAUUAUGGAGAAAGAGAAUUUCACAAUCUUCUUCAAUAUGCAUGGCAGAUGUCGGAAGAAGAAACAUGGCAUGAAUUCAUUGAUCAAUCAAUUGGUGAUGAAUAUGAACCAGGAGACAUGAUGAAAUAUCUCAGGUUGGCACUAAUGUGUGUCCAAGUAAAAGCAGUAGACCGUCCCACUAUGUCUGAUAUUGUUGCAAUGCUUAGCAGUGACGACAUCACCAUAACAGAGCCAAGGCAACCAGCUUACUCCUAUACCAGAGUAGAUGUGUCAGUAAAUAUCAAUUUAUCAUGCACCAGAAAUGAUAUAACCCUCACCACUACUGAUGGUAGAUAA